AUGGAACUGUUCAAAUCUGCUUUUGGGAAAAAUGUAUCUUUCGUGCACCCUCCAUAUUUUAUAAUAAGUGGAUUUAUUGGCUUACCUAAUAUGAAGUAUUACUAUGUCUUUCUCCUUUUUGUCUUUAUUAUUUCAGUGCUCGGAAACACAGCUGUAAUGAUUGUAAUAUAUUUAGACCAUAAUCUUAGAACUCCAAAGUAUGUUGCAGUUUUUAACCUUGCAUUUGUCGACCUGUUAGGUAGCUGUGCUCUGGUACCAAAGGUGCUUGACAUCUUUUUGUUCAAUCACUAUUAUGUCGCCUACAAUGACUGCUUGACAUUCUUGUUUUUCUGUUACACUUGCCUCUCAAUGCAGGCUCUUAAUCUAGUUGCUCUUUGCUAUGAUCGACUAAUUGCCAUCAUGUUUCCUCUGCACUAUCAAGUUAAGGUUACUCAUAAGAUUAUGUUUUCCUUAAUUGCAUCUUUCUGGCUAUUUACUUUACUAGCCGUUCUCAUAGCAGUUGGCCUUCUUACAAGACUUUCCUUCUGUAAGUCUGUGGUUAUUAACAGCUAUUUCUGUGACCAUGGUCAGAUGUAUGAACUUGCAUGCAAUGAUAAUUUCCCCAAUAUAAUCAUUGGUUUUCUGUUGCCGUUUCUUAUUCUUUGGCUUCCCAUGGCUUUCAUCCUGUCCAGCUACAUUUGCAUCGGCUAUGCUUUAGUUAAAGUGGCUGUAGCCAAAGAAAGAUUGAAGGCACUAAAAACUUGUACAGCUCAUCUUUCAUUAGUGGGUAUCUAUUUCAUCCCAAUAUUAAUAACAUUUACUUUAGGUCCAGAGAUACAUCCAAAUGCCAGGAUCAUUAACCUGUCAUUGACCUCAGUAUUUCCACCCAUGUUGAAUCCAAUCAUUUAUGUUUUGUAUACACAAGAAAUGCGACUAUCAAUCAAAAGAUUACUAAAAUUUACUCGGCAAGCCAAAGUUAUGACUAUGUAA